AAAAAACUACUCCUAAACAUUUUUUUGAUCAAUUUUCAUUACCAACGAAUCAACAUGUCUGCCGUCGGAAAGAAGCACAACAAGACUCAGUCGACCUACCAAUUCGACAACACUGCUACUAAUGUUGCAGCAUCUCAAAUGCGUAACGCUUUGAACAACCUUGCUGACACUGUUGAAGACCCAGCCAAGCAACACAGAUUUGAAAAUGAAAUGGACUCAUUCUUUGCUCUUUUCAGAAGAUAUCUUACUGACAAGGCUUCUGGCUCCACUCUCGAUUGGGAUAAGAUCAAGUCUCCUAGUCCAAGUGAAGUUGUUCAAUAUGAUUCAUUGAACUCCGAAACCUCCACCAACUUGUCUAAGUUGGCUGUUCUUAAGCUUAACGGUGGUUUGGGUACCUCUAUGGGUUGUGUUGGUCCAAAGUCUGUCAUUGAAGUAAGAGAUGGUAACACCUUUUUGGAUUUGUCUGUUAGACAAAUUGAACAUUUAAAUAGAAGAUAUGAUGCCGAUGUUCCUCUUCUUUUGAUGAACUCAUUCAACACUGAUGCUGACACUGAAAAAAUUAUUAAGAAGUACCAAGGUCACAGAAUUAGAGUUAGAACCUUCAACCAAUCUAGAUUCCCAAGAAUUUUUAAGGAUUCUUUAUUACCUGUUCCUGAUUCAUUUGAUGAUGAUUUGGAAUCUUGGUAUCCUCCAGGACAUGGUGAUUUGUUUGAAGCCUUAGUUUCUUCUGGUGAAUUAGAUACUUUGUUGGCUCAAGGUAGAGAAAUCUUGUUUGUUUCUAACGGUGAUAACUUGGGUGCUACUGUCGACACCAAGAUUUUGGACCAUAUGAUUGAAACUGGUGCUGAAUACAUUAUGGAAUUGACUGACAAGACUAGAGCCGAUGUUAAGGGUGGUACUUUGAUAAACUAUGAUGGUCAAGUUAGAUUAUUGGAAAUUGCCCAAGUUCCAAAGGAGCAUGUUGAAGAAUUCAAAUCUAUUAAGAAAUUUAAGUACUUUAACACUAACAAUUUGUGGAUUAACUUAAGAGCCAUUAAGAAAUUAGUUGAAGGAAAUGAAAUUCAAGCUGAAAUUAUUCCAAACCAAAAGACUAUCUCUAAGGGAUCCUCUGACAUUAAUGUUUUGCAAUUAGAAACUGCUGUUGGUGCUGCCAUUAGACACUUUGAUGGUGCGCAUGGUGUUGUUGUUCCAAGAUCUAGAUUCUUGCCAGUGAAAACUUGUUCCGAUUUAUUACUUGUUAAGUCUGAUUUAUUCUACUUGGAACACGGUGCAUUAAAGUUGGAUCCAACUAGAGAUGGAUUUUCUAAUCCAUUGAUUAAAUUGGGUUCUCAUUUCAAGAAGGUAUCUGGUUUCCAAGCUAGAAUUUCUCACAUGCCAAAGAUCUUAGAAUUAGAUCACUUAACUAUUACUGGUAAUGUUACUUUGGGUAGAAAUGUUACCUUGAAGGGUACCGUCAUCAUUGUCUGUAAUGAUGGACAAAAGAUCGACAUUCCAAACGGGUCUAUUUUGGAAAACGUCGUUGUCACUGGUAACUUAACCAUCUUGGAACAUUGA